CAUGGAUGGGUCCCGCUUCAUUCUACCAAUGUACAUGCUCGGACCUGUUUGCGUAGCACGGCCGAGUGGGCCCGGAUAUCAGCGUACUAACUCCCUUUGAGUGAAGGUAAUUGUGUCAUUAAUUAAACGUGUCUAGAUGCAGGAGCGCUACACCCAACCCGCGCUCCACCCUACCAAUUAGCCCGACUAGACGAGUCGUGUUAUAAUUGCUGGCCCUCUGCCCACCGUCGGCUCACUCCACGAUCUGUCAUUUCCAAAGCAAACACUGAACCCAUUGGACCUUCCGCAGCCCUCAGCGAAACCUGACUUGAUUCGGCAAUCCUCACACCGGGUAUUUCCUGACGCAGACCUUCAAACGCCGCUGGUGGCUUGUCCUUGAGUGAACCGCAUCGACGAACUUCUCUCGUUCAACUGCCAAGUUGCGGAGGAAGACGUGAUUCGUGGUCAAUUCGCGACUUCAAACAUCUCUUUCGGUUUUUUUUCUCACCCCGAGCUAAAUGCAAUCGCAACCGGUUCGGUGGUGUUAACAGAGACCCGCUUAGCAUAGACAUUCGCACCUGCUUAAUGACAGACUGAUCGUAGCCGGUGGGCUAACAACUGAAGAUACAACCCCUCACAGCAAACCCAGCUUUCCGAUCACAACUAAUCAUGGCAACCGUGACGGUACUAGUCCUCGUUCUUGCCCAUUUAGCAACCACCCAACUCAUCCUGGGGGCUGAUACCAGCAGCAGCCAGUCUACUCCCCUGAGUUCACGGAUGGAGAGCAAGAUCCUGAGUAUGCUUGGCUUGAGCGAAAGACCCAGACCCAGGCCCAACGCCACAGCACCACAGUUCAUGCUAGACCUGUACGACAAACUGCAGAAUGGAUCCGACUCGGAUCAUACCACGGGGCGGUGUUCAUUUCCUGACCCAGCCUUCCCCGGUAACAUUGUGCGCAGUCUCACAAAUUCAGGUACAAAACUGAAGGCAUUGACGAAAUCCGACCGACGUUUUCGUCAAAUCCUCCAUUUCAACCUGUCAUCCAUUCCUGCUUCGGAGACCAUCACUGGAGCUCACCUUAGGCUUCAGUUCCUGGACACCAUCAGGAAAGUCAGGCCCACAGCAACAGUUCACCUCAAGCUGUACGAGAUCGCCCAGACUGUAUCUGAGAUGAGAUCAGCCCGGAUGGAGGACACCAGAAGCUCCUUUCGGUUGCUGACAUCGUUGUCUAUGGACCUGACGGAGUCUGGAUCGGAGACCAUCGACAUGCUGCCCAUAGUUCAGGAGUGGAGGGCCGGCAUGAGCCAGGACACCGGUCUCUACGUGGCCAUGGACAUCCACAAGACGGUGGGUCUACCCAAGAGGAAGGCCAACGCCAUCUUGGCCAAGAAGCUGGGUAAGCUGAGACACCGGACGGCGACGCUGGUGGUGGUGUCGGUUGACGGUGACAAGUGCCGUAACCGAUUCAGACGGAGCGCCGAGGAACCGGAGGUGACUGCCCCCGAGCCACACCCGAAUCUGUGCCAGAGGCGUCGCCUGUACGUCAGCUUCCGAGAUGUGGGCUGGCAGGAUUGGAUCAUCGCACCCAUGGGUUACCAGUCUUACUUCUGCGGUGGGGAUUGCCCGUUCCCGCUGGACAGUCGGCUGAACGGCACGAACCACGCCAUCAUUCAGUCCAUGGUCAACUCGGACAGUCCGGCCGCGGCCCCCAAAGUCUGCUGUGCGCCUACCAAACUCUCGGCCAUCUCAAUGUUGUACUUUGACAACGAAGACAAUGUGGUCUUAAGACAGUACGAAGACAUGGUCGUUGAAUCUUGCGGAUGUCACUGACGUGUACUAUCAUAACAAUGUUAAUGAUUACAUAAACGAAGAUGAAAACAAAGUUCAGAAAUGUGUGGAAUCCUAUUCCGUUGUUGAACACAUUUUGCUAAAAAUUAUUUUGAGAGGAAAGUUUCUAAAACUAAAUCUCGCAGUGUGUAAGUUAAAAAAAAAACCCUCCCAAAAUGGCGAUAGGUAGCCUACGAAACGAAUCAGUAAUCAGUAUUUUGGUGGCACACAUUCUGAACUCUGUUUAUUAUUAUAUGAUUGUUACUAGACACGCUAAGCGAUUCUCUAGAUAUGUUUUUAUACACUAUUUCUUAUACUCCUGUACUGUACAGAUAUGCUCAUAUGCAUGUAAAUGAUCAAAUCAACUAUUUAAUGUGUUAAAGUGUAAAUAUGAACAAAUAUUAAACGCCAGCGUGAGCAACAUCUUUCAUAAAUUAAUAUUUAAAAAAGAAGAAGACACUAACCAUGUCCUUGCUCACCUUAAUUACGAAGAAAUGAAUCCAUUGUCAGCAGUGCCUUAAUGUUAAUCCCUGAUGCAGUAAGAGCUCCACGCCUACAGUUAAAUAUAUUAGUAUUACCCUUUUUGGUCACAGUCUCUCAUAUUUUUUUCCCAAAAAAUAUGACAAUUUUCACAAUUUAAAUGAACAGACAAAACCAAUGCUGGCCUCGACACUGUAAGAACAUAACUUGGUGCUUGGUAGAGUAAUCCCACUGCAACCCAAUUUGGGCUAAACUGGGAUGUCGUGCAUCCUUUUUAAGUUAAGAAAAUUGAGAGAAUAAUUUAGGCCCUAAUCCGUCUUUGAUCGAAGGUUGCAUUUUUUGUUUGCUGUGAAUAUGCCUCCGUGUAAGCGGGUGCUUUUCGUUUUUCAAGUGAAUAAAUGAGUGUAAAUAAAAUGUAUUGAAUAUGUGCAAAAAAAACUCGGAAA